AUGACUAUUGCUGCAUAUGCGUAUGAAACAAAUGAAGCAAGAAGAGCACAUGAACUAGUAAACGAAAACUCAACUUUAACCAUUGAAGGCAAUGAUUUAGUCAUUGACGAUGGAAAAACUAAAAAAGUCAUUGAUUUCGAUACUUUUAACACGUAUGACCCAUUCAUUACAAUAAGUAAAGUUCCUAUCAUAAAUGAUGGAACGGUGCAAUAUAUAAAUUCUACAGUAGAUGCCUCAUUAGUGAAAGUAUUAAAUGUUCUCAUUGAAUUGUUAAAGAGCUUUCGAUUUGACGACAACAUUAAAUGCCUAAAGAAUUUAGUCAUGAAUGAGAAACAAAUUCUCGGCGUUGCUGGUAGCAGUAAUGAUGUACACCUUAUGACAUUAGAAUAUUAUAACGAACAUAAAGAUGAACUGAAAGGAGAGAAGGGUGACACCGGACCUCAAGGACCACAAGGAAUACAAGGAAUACAAGGAAUACAAGGACCUCAAGGUGAAAACGGUUUGGAUGGUGAAGAUGGAAAGGAUGGAAAGGAUGGAAAAACUGCUAAAUCAUGGAUAUGGAACCUUAUAAAUACUGGUUUAACAGCUGCUUCAUAUGGAGUUCUUCAAUACCAAAUCGGAAAGAUAUGGGCAGUACUUGGUGAAGAAGUUUUAGAUGACGUUAAAAAUGCUUUGAACUUCAUUUCAAAUGGUUCUGAUACUAUUAAAACUUUAUCUGGUUGGAUGCAAGAAACAAGGAGUCAAAUAGAUACUGUAAGACGUAUAGCAAACAAUGCACGUACGGGAUUGGAUACUUUACGAGAAGCACAAAAUACACUAAAGGAAGCAAAUGAUAUUCUUGGCUCAGUAUCAGACAUGCAUGAAGAUUGGCUUAAAGGUAUUGACAAAUCUUUAAAAAAUCACAGUCAGUCUAUUGCUGACUACAAGAAAAGUAUAGAUUUUUUACAUAGUGCUAUGGACGUACAUGAUGGAAGCAUAAGGAACUUACUUAAUGCUAACAAUAACUUACCAGGAACUAUUAAAGCAUUUAUAAAGUCCUUUGUAAAACCUGGUGCUCUAA